AUUGUAGAAAUGCUCAAAGAAAAUAAUUCUCUAAAAGAGUGGUAGUAAGAAAAAAAUAUAACAAAGAAAAAACUUAACCAUGGGGUGCAAGAACACAAUUUUCUUGAUAUUGGUAGCAACAUUGAUCACAAAGGAGGCUUUGGCAACACAACAUGUUGUUGGUGGAAGCCAAGGAUGGGAUCAAUCAACUGACUUUGACUCAUGGACUUCAGGCCAAACAUUCAAAGUUGGAGAUCAACUUGUUUUCAAGUACUCUUCUUUGCAUAGUGUGGUUGAACUAAGUAAUGAAAGUACCUACAAGAAAUGUGACAUUAGCACUCCAAUAAACACCUUAAGCACUGGAAAAGAUGUUGUCAAAUUAGACAAGCCAGGUACAAGGUACUUCACAUGUGGUACCUUAGGUCAUUGUGGUCAAGGCAUGAAGGUUAAGAUCACAGUAGUCAAAGGAAAUGGAUCUUCUUCCCCUGUAUCAUCAUUGUCGCCAUCGUCGUCGCCGUCUACUUCUUCUCCUACUUCUACUAAUGCAGCUUCAACCUCACAAUGUUUUGCUUCACUUUUGCUAUUUGUCACACUAUCUUUUGCCACAAUGAUUUAUUUUUUCUAGUUGAUGAAAUGAAGUUAAGUUUGAAAAUGUAAUAAGUAUAUAUUCGUCAAUAACAAAUAUAAACAAAAAUUAAGAUGUAUUUGAUACAGACCAAAUGCAUAUUGAUUUUUCUUUAUAUUUGUGAUCGAAAGGAGUAUGUAGUAUUAUAACCUAAUGUAUAUGUCAGCAUUCAUGAAUGGUGGCAUGGCAAUUUUAAUACACCUUUUUAUAUUCUACAAAUUUGUAGUAGGGUUGAAUAAGAGAGAGAAGAGACAUACUCUAUAUAUAGUAUUAUAAGUGAAUGUGUAUUUUAACAUUUUUCUUUUUGCUUU